GUGCUGUUCUUCGAUUAAAAUGUUUUCAUGGCAGAAAGACAUAUGGGAAAAUUUUGAGGAAUACAAAAAAGACACGCGCUCGGGAUGGAGAUGUGUGAGUUCAAAUGCACUUUUCGGCAAAACCAUUAAAGAGGUGAUGAAUUCUGGAAAGUCUUUGUCAAGGGUGCAAUGGAGCCUUUCCAAUCCAGAUGGAAUUUCAUACGCCUUUGAUGGAAUUCCAUUUAUUUGUAUUGGAACAUUGAAUUAUCAUUGUCAUCAAGGUGAAGAUAUUGAUAAAAGUACGAAAAUAAAAAGAGCAAAGGAAAGAGAUGAAAAUGAGGGUCACGAUCACACGUUUAGAAAACGGAAAAAACAUUUUCAACCUACCAAAAAAAUUGGAUGUCCGAGCAAAGUAUAUAUGUCACGGAUUUUUAAAUUCCCACUGUACAAGGUUGAGGUUUCCUCUGGUGCUAUAAAACCACGAAGAAAAAUGCAAGAAAGAACAUCCUUACUGAUAAACGCGUUGAAAUCGUGGGAAAAUCUGAUUAUUGAAGAUACGUUUCUCUUGAAGCUUCCAAGUAUGGAUAGUCAUAAAUAUCAUGGGACGGAAGGAGAGGUAAAAUCUUCACUAAUUAAGAUAAAAAAAACGGCUACAUUUUUAGUAAACAAAAUAUACCCAAAUUUCCAAUAA